AUGGUUGAUAAUAUGCUCCAAUACAGUGGUGGUCUCAUUGGCCUCAUCAUCUUAAUUCUCGAUUUGAUCGUCAUCUUUGAGGUCAUGAACUCUAAUCGUACCAUCACUGGUAAACUUGGUUGGUCUCUUUUGGUCUUUUUCUUCCCUGUUGUUGGUUUGAUUCUUUACUUCUUGUUGAGUGGUCGUAGUGAACAUAACGCACGAUACGAGGCGAUUGUCUAG